UAGAACCGACAGAGAAACAAUGCGAACAUUGGUUUGGGGCUGCUGUUAGCUUGUGUGCAGACAGUUUGCUUAGCUUUGCGGCUUGUUUUGCGGCCGUAAUGGCGGCUCUUCGCGGCUUCAGGGAGUUUCUGACGCAGCGGCUGGCGGCGGCCGGGGAAGAAGUGCUUUCUGCGUGUGAAGACACCGUGGUUCGGUGUGAGGAGCAGAGCCGUCUUCAGCAGAAGAUGAUCGAUGUUAUGAAGUCCGAGUUCGAUGCGCAGAGAGCAGACCUUCGGGAACAACGUGACAUUAAAGAAGAAGAAGAGAAGUUUGUGCCUGAUGAGCAGCUUUCUAACGAGGAGAGGAGUCCCACUUCUGAUGAGAAGAUUAUAAAAGAGGAAGAGGAUUAUCCAGAGGCAACACCCAUUAAGGAGGAAGACCAGGAAGUGCCCUGCACCAGCAAACAGGGACAGCAGGUACAGCUGAAGAGUGUGGAGAGUCAGUCUGAUCCAGAGUCUCUGAAACCCGACGCCUCCAGGAAGAAGAACCUCUGCAGGGCAAAGGCGAGCUUCUGCGACAUUUGUGGCCAGGCUCUAACGAAGCUCGGUUUGGAUCGCCACAUGAGGACUCACACGGGCAGGAAGCCGCUUUCCUGCAAAAGCUGUGGACAAAUCUUCCGGCUCCGUCUGUCUUUGGAAGUCCACAUGAGAACCCACGCCGGGACGAAGGCGCACGCUUGCAAGACUUGCGGGAAAACGUUCAGACGAAGCGACCACCUUAAACUCCACACGAGAACCCACGGCGACAAGAAGCUGUACCUCUGCAACGUCUGCGGAAAAAGCAUGGCCGACCCGUCGGCUUUCAGGAGGCACGUGACCAUCCACACGGACGAGAAACCGCACGCCUGCAAAAUCUGCGGCGAGAAGUUCAAACACAGCAACACCCUGCUGUGCCACCGGAGGGCGCACUCGGGCGAGCGGCCGUACGUCUGCCGCUUGUGCGGCAACAAGUUCGUCAACGCCUCGAAGCUGAAGCGACACAUGAUGUCGCACACGGGCGACAAACCUCACGCCUGCGAGCACUGCGGGAAGAGAUUCAUCCGCCUGCACCAGAUGAAGGAUCACGUGAGGAGGCACACCGGGGAGAAACCGUUCGACUGCGACACGUGUGGGAAAAAAUUCAGCAGCAGCACCGAACUGAGAGCUCACACCAAAACUCACACAGGUGAGACGUCGCAGACAUAGACGAGCUGCUGUCGCUUUGUUGAGAAGGUUUGGAUCAGAAACAAAAACUCUGGGCCAAUAUCGCCAUAAAAACAUGUUUCUUUGUUUUCACCACCAGUGAAGCAGCUGAUCUGACGAUUUAUAACCUGGAGGUACAUCUUUACUGGGUUUAUAAAGAAUCAUUAAUAGAAUAAUCCUCUGAUAAUGAGAUUCAGUCCCAUUAGUGAACUGGGAUGGUUUUCCUAAGAUUUAUCUGUAUUUUCUUUUCUUUUUCCAGAUUGAUAUUGAAGUUUAUAUAAAUAUAUAAUUAAAUACAUUGUUUGUUU